AUGGCAGGAGGAAAAAAGUUUGGAGUUAAUAACAAGAGUGAAGAAGCUAGAGCUAAAAAGACAGAGGCAAGAAGGAACGAUGCCGACAAGAAGGCAAGAGACAAGGAGGAUGCCAUGUGGGAGGAAAAGGAUGAAAAGGUACUAGCCAAACAGAAAAAGGCAAAGGAGAUGGAAGAAAAGAAGGUACAAGAAGCAAAGAGACGUGCAGAAGCAAAGGAUGCUCUUGAAAAGGAGGAACAAGAAUUAAAGUCAAAAUAUGGAAAAGGAAAGGAAACAACAAAGAUUACUCGUUUUGAACUUGAACAACAAAAGCAACGUGAAGAACGUCAACGUGAAGCUGCUGCUGCUGCCGCUGCUGCUGCUCGUAACAAUAUUGUCUCUAGUACAAGUAGUACCAGUACUACAAGUACUACUAGUACUACUACAUCUGGUGUCGAUAGUGAUGAUGAAAUUGAUUUGGAGGAAAAUAUCAAUCAUAUCCUAAGAGAACAACGUUUGGCUGCUGGUGGUAAUCUUUCAGAGGCUACUGGUGUAGAUGAGGCUAUCAAGGUACUUGGAGGUCCCACAAGCGAUCAACAUCCAGAACGUAGACUCAAAGCUGCCUUUGCCAAGUACCAAGAAGAUAACUUACCCAUUCUCAGAAAGGAAAAUCCUUCACUCAAAUUCACUCAAGUCAAGGAUUUACUUUGGAAGCAAUGGCUCAAAUCACCAGAGAACCCAAUGAAUCAACAAAAUUAA